CGAAGAAGGGAGAAAAGCUAGGGCUGUUUUCUCGAUGGGAAUUUCAGACGCUGUAGAUCUACUGUGAGAUCUUCUCGGCGGUCGAUGUUGCUGGAUCUCAGCCGUUGUUUCUAGGGUUUCGUUCCCCGAGACGAUGCUUUCGCUGCAAACUGAUGUUCGGCAGCAGCCGCUGCAGCUACAGCAGCUGUAUGGAGGAAGAAACGGCGGAAGUACCAGCAGUGGAGGAUUUUCUAGGGUUUCUUUCAACGCAGAUCACGAAGAAUCGUUUCUAUCGCCGUUGGAUGCUUGCUUGAAUCUCAAAUCCUCCCAAGCUCUCGAAUCUCAUGAAGCUGAUGAAGAUACGCUCUUACAACUUGCUCAUCAGAAAUAUAAGGCUGGGAACUAUAAACAGGCAUUAGAGCACAGCAAUGCUGUUUAUGAGAAAAACCCACGACGAACUGAUAAUCUGCUGCUUCUCGGUGCAAUUCACUAUCAGCUGCAUGAUUUUGAUACGUGUAUUGCGAAGAAUGAAGAAGCUCUUCAUAUUGAACCACAUUUUGCUGAGUGCUUUGGAAACAUGGCAAAUGCUUGGAAGGAAAAAGGCAACAUUGAUCUCGCAAUUCGCUAUUAUUUGAUUGCUAUUGAGCUUCGCCCCAAUUUCUGUGAUGCGUGGUCAAAUUUAGCUAGUGCAUAUAUGAGGAAAGGAAGACUUAAUGAGGCAGCCCAGUGUUGUCGCCAGGCUCUUGCAUUGAACCCUCGCUUGGUUGAUGCUCAUAGCAACCUUGGUAAUCUGAUGAAGGCACAAGGCUUAGUACAAGAAGCAUACAAUUGCUAUCUUGAGGCUCUGCGUAUACAACCAACUUUUGCAAUUGCAUGGUCAAAUCUUGCUGGUCUUUUUAUGGAGGCUGGGGAUCUUAACAGAGCCCUUACGUAUUAUAAGGAAGCAGUUAAGCUUAAACCAACGUUUGCUGAUGCCUAUCUGAACCAAGGAAAUGUUUACAAGGCCAUGGGAAUGCCUCAGGAGGCCAUCAUGUGUUAUCAGCGUGCUCUUCAGGCUAGACCAGACUAUGCAAUGGCUUACGGCAAUCUGGCUAGCAUGUAUUAUGAACAAGGUCAGCUGGAUAUGGCGAUUCUCCAUUACAAGCAAGCCAUUUCUUGUGAUUCCUCGUUCUUGGAGGCAUACAAUAAUCUGGGGAAUGCCCUGAAAGAUGCUGGCAGAGUGGAAGAAGCAAUCAAUUGCUACAGGUCAUGCCUUGCCUUCCAACCCAACCACCCACAGGCUCUUACGAACCUUGGGAAUAUAUAUAUGGAGUGGAAUAUGAUCAGUGCCGCUGCCACAUUUUAUAAGGCGACGUUGGCUGUAACAACUGGAUUGUCUGCUCCAUUCAGCAAUUUAGCAAUAAUAUAUAAACAGCAGGGAAAUUAUGCAGAUGCUAUAUCUUGCUACAAUGAAGUCCUUCGUAUAGAUCCUUUGGCAGCUGAUGGGCUUGUUAAUAGGGGCAACACUUUCAAGGAGAUUGGUAGAGUUAGUGAAGCAAUUCAAGACUACUUACGAGCGGUUACUAUCCGACCAAACAUGGCUGAAGCUCAUGCAAAUCUGGCUUCGGCUUACAAAGACAGUGGGCAUGUUGAAGCAGCAAUUAAGAGUUACAAGCAGGCAUUGCUUCUGCGCCCCGAUUUUCCAGAAGCAACUUGUAAUCUUUUACACACUUUACAGUGUGUCUGCAAUUGGGAUGAUCGCGAAAGCAAAUUCAUCGAAGUGGAAGGGAUUAUAAGAAGACAAAUAAAGAUGUCAGUUCUUCCAAGUGUUCAACCAUUUCAUGCAAUUGCGUACCCAAUUGAUCCAAUUCUUGCCCUGGAAAUUAGUAAAAAAUAUGCAGCACACUGUUCUUUGAUUGCAUCGCGCUACGGGCUCCCAGCAUUCACUCAUCCUACUCCCCUGCCUGUCAAGGGGGACGGUAAGAAUGGGAGACUCAGGGUGGGAUAUGUGAGUAGUGACUUUGGUAACCACCCGCUGUCACAUCUUAUGGGUUCAGUGUUUGGCAUGCACAACAGAGACAACGUUGAGGUUUUCUGUUAUGCACUAAGUCAGAAUGAUGGGACUGAAUGGAGACAGCGCAUCCAAUCUGAAACUGAGCACUUCAUAGAUGUGUCUUCAAUGACAUCUGAUCUAAUUGCACGAUUGAUUAAUGAGGAUAAGAUACAGAUCUUGGUCAACCUUAAUGGGUACACAAAGGGUGCGAGGAAUGAAAUAUUUGCAAUGCAGCCAGCACCGAUUCAAGUUUCCUAUAUGGGCUUCCCUGGGACCACGGGUGCAACUUAUAUCGACUAUUUGGUCACAGAUGAGUUUGUGUCACCCAUGCGGUUUUCACAUAUUUAUUCGGAGAAGCUUGUCCAUCUCCCUCAUUGUUACUUCGUCAAUGACUACAAGCAGAAAAAUCGUGAUGUUUUGGACCCAAUCUGUCGGCAUAAGCGAGCAGAUUAUGGAUUGCCUGAAGAAAAAUUCAUAUUUGCAUGCUUCAAUCAAUUGUACAAAAUGGACCCUGAGAUCUUCAAUACUUGGUGUAAUAUCCUUAAGCGUGUUCCAAAUAGUGCACUGUGGCUUCUCAGAUUCCCAGCUGCCGGUGAGAUGAGACUGCGUGCAUCAUUUGCAGAUGCUGUUGCACAGGGUGUGCGGCCGGAUCAGAUCAUUUUCACAGACGUAGCUGUGAAAAAUGAACAUAUAAGGCGCAGUGCUCUAGCAGAUCUAUUCCUUGACACGCCAUUGUGCAAUGCCCACACAACGGGCACGGAUGUCCUGUGGGCCGGUCUGCCAAUGGUGACGCUGCCCCUUGAGAAAAUGGCAACCAGGGUGGCCGGUUCGUUGUGUCUAGCCACUGGAGUUGGGGAAGAGAUGAUUGUCAGCAGCAUGAAAGAGUAUGAAGAGAAGGCAGUAGAAUUGGCGGAAAAUCGUCCCAAGCUCCAGGCGCUUACAAAUAAGCUCAAGGCAGUCCGAAUGACUUGCCCCUUAUUCGAUGCAGCACGCUGGGUGAGGAAUCUGGAGAGGGCGUAUUUCAAGAUGUGGAAUCUGUACUGCUCGGGCGGGCAUCCACAGCCCUUCAAAGUGUCUGAAAAUGAUACUGAGUUCCCACAUGACAGAUAGCUUGGGAGAGAGGGAACUGUAGAUAGAGAAAAGAAGAGAAAUCAUAUAUUUACAUAUAUAAACAAGACAGAGAUACAAUAUGGAGUCUGAGGUUGGUUGUCCAAAUGAUGCACUGAAGAUGUAUUCGUAUACGGCCAGUGUGGAAGGAAAGCCGCAGAUUGUAUUUUAGAGGACUGCAGGGCUGCAGAGUCUGUAACGGUUGGAUAGCCAUUGUGUCGCAGCCAGAAUACUGGUGUAGGUAAACUCUUUCCCUUCCAGACAUGCUUUUAUUAUUAUUAUUAUUCAUAUAUCACAUGUUAUACACACACAUAUAUAUGAUAUUUAUACACAGCAACUCAGGUCCUUUUUCAAGUAAGAUGCAGUUAUAUCCUUA